GCAGCAAUCUCUUUGUACGGAUCCGGAGAAGCGUCAAUUCUUAUGCACAGCUCGGUCGUCCAUCUACUCUACUCUUCUCUGAACUUCUGGCAGCUAUCAAGCCUGACACCCCGUUAAGUCAAUUGAGAUUUCUCACUUCCAACACCAUUUCAAAUCGCAAGCAUGGCCGGACGCUACAACCUCCGGCAGACAACCGUUAUUGAGCGGGCAAAACGGGCAGCAGCACCCGCCCCAGCUCCACCUCGCCGCCCAAGGAAUGCAGCGGCAACCGCGGCUGCAAAACCUGCAGCUGCUCCCAAGAGAAAGGCGGGAGCUCCAGCCGGCAGAGGACGACCGAAGAAGAAACCGGCGACCAAAGCCGCCAAAGGGCGAGGGAGAGCUAGGGACGCAGACUCCGAAGAUGAUGAGCUGGAGGACGAUGAUCAGGACAACAAUGAUGGCCCUCCAUUUGCCGAACCUCCAGCCGCCGACCCUCCAGUUGCCGAACCUCCCGCUGCCGACCCUCCAGCCGAAGAGAGAGAUCUCGGUGGAGAUAAUGCUGAGGGUAGAGACAACGGUACCCUCGACGAAGAAAAUCGGCUAGAGGAAGAAAGACUCCAAGAGGGGGCCAGGGAGCGCGAAAGACGUGAGGAGGAAGAGGGAAAUCGGCGGGAGGAUGAGAGAAUCCAAGAGGAAAUCAGGGAGCGUGAAAGGCGUGAGGAGGAGGAGAAAAAGCAGCGGGAGGAAGAGGAAGCCAAGGAGCGGGAAAGACGUGAGAUGGCACCACCAGACCGCGACCAGACUCUAGACGAAAAUCCUCCGGGUGGAAAUGAUGAACCCCCGCCGGAAAAGCCUAGAAGCGGCGGUGCGGCGGCUGGAGCUGAGAAUGCGACUGGAGACGACAAUGCGACCGGAGGCGGCAUCGCGGCAGCUAGAGACAGCGGGGCGGCAGCUGGUGACGAGAAUGCAGCUCAAAGCAACGGCGCGGCAGCUGGAGACAACAAAGCACCUGGAUCCGGCGGUGCAACUGCUGGUGUUGGCGUGACUACUGGUGCCACCGCUGGAGCCGGUGGUGAAGACGACCUGCGCGACUACGAAUCUUAUGAAGCCCAAGAGAGGGACCAAGACCGUCCCAUUUCACCCGUUUAUGAGCCAACUUCGCCGGGACCCCCAAGCCUCACUCAAUACUGGGAUAAUUUCAUGGCGCAAUUCUUGGACGACCAGCAAGAACUUCGCCUCAAGUGGCGGCCAUUGCGAAGCCGCGCGCUGCUGCUCGAAGCCCUGACCGAAGGAGUCGGAGAGACGACGGAAGUGGAGCCACCAAUGUAUAUCGAUGAGCUGCACUACGAGCGCACCCUGAGCGACCUGAACGCCGCCGACCUCGACCGCUUUGGACCACUGGCGGACCGGCCGAACUUCACCAGCUUUGACGAUCCAACACACCCGCAUUGUGCCGAGCACCGGUACAACGAGUGGGCGAUGACCAUGAUAUGGGCUCAGCAUGCUGCAAAGUUAAACUCGACCGCCGGUAAAGAUGAAGCGACCUGGUGUUGUCAUCGAGCAGUUAUACAGCUCCAGAGUUUGGAAGAUCGGGACCGCUGGAUUCUCCCAGAUGACGACGAAGAUGAUCCCCUGAUCCCCGCCAAGACGUUUCUCGAUGGCAUGGGUCCAGAAAAUGUCAGAAUGAACCCAUUAAAGGCCCGAGCCUUGGAUAUCUUGUCUCUCGGUGUUCGUGUCGCGCCUCACCUCCAAGGAAAAUGGUAUAAACUCGACUUCUUGGGGGCGGGUGGUUUCGGGAGAGCCUAUGCGUACGGGCAGUACGAUGACAGGGGGCGCCUUUGUGAUGUAAGUUCAUGGUUGCUGCACCCCUGACGAGCCGAGACUGACGUACGGUGGCAGCGGGUUGUCGUCAAAGAUUCAUAUAUGUCAAUGGAGCAUUGGAAGGACAAGGAUUGUCCAUUCCACUGGAAGAAAAACUCCCGCG